GUUCCGCGCGCGCGUUCGCGGAGCGCGAACCGAUCGUAGUCGCAGUCGCGGUCCGCGGGCCGUUCGCGUUCGUUCUCGUGCUCGUCAUCUCCGAGCGUCGAUGCCUGUUCUCGUUCGCGAUCAUCUACGAUCGAAUCAAUUACUUGAGGAAUCGAUUCGCGUUGAUUCCCCGCGCGAUCGCGUCGCGACGCUCAUCGUGAACACGAUUCACUCGCCAUUUCUUUCGACGACGCCGCGAAGGAUCGGAUCGAGAAAAGAUGACUUCGAAGGAGAGCGAGUGAUCGAGAAAUGAGAACGGCAACUGCCGAUCCCGGGAAGAUCCUCGACGGGCACGGAAGCACGUGAUAACGUAAAGCACGGUAAGCGUCAUCGGGGCUCGCGACGUUUGCGAGGGUGGAAUUUCCCGGUGUAAGGAACACCGCGGUCUUCGUUGAGACCGAAAGCGAGUAACAAAGGAAGCGAUGAAUUUGGACGAGCGGUGAGACGUCGAUACCUAGCCCUAACCGUCUCGCGGUGGCAAAGUGAUAACGGUCGGAAACGAAUCUCCCUUGGAUCUAAGGCGGCGUACGUGCCGGCCGGUACCGGCCUUUCGUCAGAGCACGCGAGAAGUUUGUUUCACGUGGCUCGUGCGUAAAUCAUCGCAUCGAGAAAUGUGAUCCGACCCAGCUGCAGCCGCCCCUCGAUCCAUCAAAUUCUGUAAUUUUGACGACGCAUCUCCAUCGAGCACGUAAGAUGUUAGCAUAACGGCGACAUGGAGACGUUAUAUACUGGAGCGAUUCAUGGCUUUCCGCAGCCCGGCGGCGGAAUAGCUAAUGGCGUUUCCACGGGAAUCGCCAGUUCCUUCGACCAGGACGGCGUGUUGAGUCUCAUCGUCGUCCUCGGGGGAAGCUUGUCCCUAGUGGCCCUGGUAUUCGCAUUCAUCACAUACAGCCUCUUCUCCGACUUGAGGAGCCUGGCAGGCACAACUCUGAUGAAUCUUUUGGCAGCUCUCUUCAUGGUUCAGCUUUUGUUCAUCGUGGGAGCUGGAGGAGUACAGGACUCUGAGCUCUGCAUCUCGCUCGGUCUGAGUUUGCAGUAUCUGCGGGUAUCGGUUGUCUGCUGGCUGGCGUCAAUGUGCCACCAUCUGUACGCCACCGUAGCAUCUUUACCGCGUCGUGAUGAUCCGCCGACAUACCUCAAAUACAGCCUCUUUGCCUGGGGCGCGCCGUUGAUCAGCCUUGUGUUGGCGACUCUCCUGCAAAGCCGCGAAAGCAACGAUCUCUGGAAUGUCGUUGAUCUCACCCCCUUCAAUUGCUGGUUUCUGGGAGCCACGGCGACGAUUUAUGCGUAUGGCUUGCCGAUCAUCCUACUAUUACUAACAUCCGGUUAUUACCUCGUCAAGGCUGCAAUUGUGUCCAGGUACACAUGCAGUAUGCAACUCGAGAUAAAGCAGCGCGAGAAGAUGAAGAGGAGGCGGGCGUUGCAGCUGAUGCUCUUCCUGAAGGUCAGUCUGAUCGUCGGUCUAGUCGCGGGCUGCGGGGUGGCGUCCAGGGUCUGGAAGAUUCCCUUCCUGUGGGCGGUUUUCUGCACGGGUCAUUCUCUUCAGGGAUCGGCAGUGGCACUCUCCGUCGCGUGUAACUGCAGGGUCUUGAAGGUUUACGCCAGGAAAUCGCACAAGCAACCGGAAGUCCAGAUCGCGAAAUCGAGCAGUAGCAUGCAGCUGCUCGCACCCGCGCCGGAUCCGGUUUAGGCGAUCUUCGGGUCUAUCCCCGGAAAGGAACGGGCAGGGAAUGAAGAGGAGAACCGGCGACUGGCAACGGCUGGUGCCAUUCUCUGGUCCGCGAGGCGUAACUAUUUUUACAUCGAGAUAUGCGCUGAUAUUUCUCUCCUAACUUUGCGUUGCUCUCUGCAACCGAGAUUUUCUCUCCGUGACGUGCGAUUUUAGUUUCGAAGUUUUAGUAGAUUAUCUCUUUAACGGAGAGUUUUCGAAAAACUUGUAAUUUGUAAAGAAACUCGAAAAGAUAUCAAAAGAAGAAGGAAAUAGGGAAAUCUUGAAAUUAUAUUUUUUUGAUCGAUGUGUGAAUUUAUAAUAUAUUGAUUGAAAAUGUUACAAUACUUUAGGUUUUUUAUGAAUUUUGACAGGUUCGUGAAAACCGUAUAAGAUAUACAAUUAGAGACAUAUACAUACGUAGUAAUAAUAAUUCAUCAUUAAAUAUUCUAUUAUAAAUAAUGGAUUAUUAAUAUUUUUGCACAUGUAACAUAAUUCACUGACGGUAAUUAUUAUUAAUCAUACCUCCUACAUGAACCUUGCAAACGACUUUAAUUUUAGAUGGAUUGUAAGCGGUUUAUUAUAUAUUAUAUGUUCUAUAUAAAUUUUGAUCAAACUCUCUAAUAAUAUAUUACAAUGCUUAACACAAACUAUAAAAAAAUAAAUAAAAUGAACACGAAAUCAAACUUUUUCAGUGAAAAGAUCAACUGUAAAUUUUAUAUUUCAAACUAUUCAAAGUAACGCUAAGAACUCAAAGGACUAGUAAUUUAUUAAAGUCUAUCUCUAGGUGUGAAAAAUUAAAUUGUUAAUUAUUUCCGCGUAUAUUUAAUUAUUUUGAUUGGGAAGAAAAUAACCAUGAAUUUAAAAUAAAUUUGAAUGAUUGGCUGACUAUAUAUGAAUGGAAAAUCCAUCGAAUCGGAUGCUGAAUGUAUCCUUUAUCGGAAAUUACGAGAAAUUAAUUAGGACUAAUUUAUCAUUGGGUGGUUUUCGAGACUAGAACCGCACGUCGCCGUAAUCCUGAUUGCGUUCUGCAAUCCGAUUACGACGUAUGUGACGUCACGCAAUGUCACAACAAUGUAACGCGACGACAAAUUGAUAUGGUUUUCGAUAUGACGGGGAGAAUUUCGCGUUUCAGCGGGGAACGCGAGCGGCAAAGAAUACGCAAUAUGUAUCGCGCAGCUACCUUAUGUGAUAUGCAUAUCAUGUUAAAUAUCCUAUAACUUCAUAUGCAAAUCCGUGCGUGACGAAUGUUUCGAUAAUGGACGUCAUAAUUAUUUCCAGUGUACUCUUGGAAAGCUUUGGCUUAUAUCAAUUCGGAGGAAUGUAAUAAUUAAUGUGCAAUCUUAUAAUUCUAUAUUAUCGUCACGUAACUUUUCUCGAGAUCUGAUCAGCGGAGAUAUCGCCGUAGCAAUUACGUAAAAAGAUUUCUCGUUACUCGUCGGCAAUUAAGGAUGAGAUAAUUAUUCAUAUUUAAUAUACAAGGAGACAUUCUAGAACAAACUUCGGGUCUCUCAAUUUUAACAACUUCUUCGACAAACUUUGGAAGAAUACUUUGUACUUGAUAUUAAUUAUCCCGAAUUUAUUC